GUGGAACCUGUGACGCCUGCUGCCCCCGCUCGCCCGUGCUCCUGCCCCGCUGGGACCGCCUGCAGCGCACCGCAGCCGAGCACCGGGGAAAAUGGUGGCGACAGAAGACCAUGGCAUCAGGUAAGGCUGCGGCAUUGGAGCCAAGCGACCCCGCUAUCGAGGCAGCAGAAGGCUUGCCAGACCCCUCCUCGGUGCUGCUCACUGUCGGGGAGGGCUUUCCACAAGAGAUUUCGCUCUUCUUCUCCAUUGCGAGCCGCUCCUCCCAGUGCCCCAAUUCCCAGCUCCAGGAAGCAGCCAGAAAGAAGCUGUGGGCCCUGGAGAGCGAUGACAGAGACGUCUGUGCCCUGUUCAAGGAGCUGUCAGCCAGGCUGGUCUGUGUGCAAGCACAGGAGGAUCGGUUCCUCCUCACCUUCAAAACCCUGGAAGAAGUCUGGAAGUUUUCCACGUAUCUGGCCUUAGGAUAUGUGGGCAGCUGCUUGGAGCAGCUUCUCUUUGACCAGGAGUACUGGCUAAACUGUGCUCUGAUGGAGGACACAGAGAUCAGAGUUACUGUGGAUGAAGAUCGUUUGGCCACCAUGUAUAUGGGUCUGCUACUCCAGGAAGGUAACUUUUUUUCCAGAGCAGUGCCCGGUGUCUGGCAGCUGGAGCGGGAGGGAGAGGAAGGCCUGCAGCUCUGCACAAACGAGCUGAUCCAUGUGAAGAACGUUGGAGAGGAGUCCAAGUGGGAAGGGAUGUCCUUACUGACGGGUCAGCGAGGCCUGGUGCCUGUGACAGCUCUAGAGCCAAUACCUCACCCAUUUUACCAGUGGUUCCUGAAGAAUUAUGCUGUGAGUUUGGGCAUCUCCCAGGAGAUCAGUGGGACCACCGCUCAGCCAAUUGUCAAAGGCAGAUGCACAGCCACAGAGGAUCGCAGAGGAGCAGCGUGGGAUGAACUGAGUUUCUCCAAAGGAGACAGCAUAGAAGUCAUCGGCUUCCUCAUUCCAGGACUACCGUGGUUUGUGGGCAAAUCCCUCAGCAGUGGGAGCAUCGGCUUUGUCCCAACCCAAUACAUAAAUCCCGAGGCUUGCAAACCUCUGGAAAAGGGCUUGGUGUUUCUGAGUGAAGAAGAAAAACCCGCGCUUUUGCGCAUCCCCUGCAAUGGUGGCGAGCAGCACUUCACCUCCCUCCUCGGUGACCUGGCACGCACUGACAUCACCUCUGUGUACCGGUUGGAUGGUUUUGAACCUACAGCCAUGUUCCCGAAAGUGCCAUCAGAGGCUGUUCCCUGUGGCUGUAAAGAUACCCAGCUGCUCCAGUCUUGGGAGGAAAUAAAUGGCUUGGCUACGACUAGCACCUCCGAACUGUCUAGCCCAGGGAGUGAAUCAGCCCCUGGUACGCUGCAAGAUGUUCUCCUGGAGAAUCUGGAUGACUUUGAUGAUCCCAAGUUCUUUAUUGACCUGAACGCUGGACACAUGGAAGAUGCUGAUGUCUUUGAACCCAUAUUGACCUUCCUUAACCAAGACAAUUAUGUGCCCAGUUUUCAAAGCCUCUAUGAUCUCAGUUUUUCCUUUCUCAACUCCACUUUUUAUGGUUUCUCUGAUGAGGAUGAACUGGUCAUGUACCUUGAGACGUCCAGGAACUGGGCCAAGCGGACUCAUUCAGUGUGGGCUCAUGUCAGGCUCUGUUUCCUCUUGGGUAAGCUCUGCAUCAAAAAGGUCAAGUUCUCCCAAGCUCGAGUCUACUUUGAGGAAGCCAUGAGCAUCCUGGACAGGGGUUUUGGGGACCUGACCCUGCUGGCUGCAUUGCAUGUGAACCUUGCCUCCAUCUACUUGAAACAGAACAUGAAGCAGAAGUUCUCCUCCCUGCUGGGAAAAACGGUGGCCUUGCUUGUCUGCUUGCCUGGCCGCUCUUUCAGCUCUGAGAAUGAGCUGGAAGUCAUGAUGUACGUCCUGAGGGAAGCCAUUGCUGUGGGUAACGCUCCUUUGGAAGCACGGAUCUCCUUCCUUAUUGUCAAGCUCUUCCUACAACUAGGCAAAAAUGAUGAAGUGCUGCCCUUUACCGAGCACCUUCAAUGUCUCACCACCACUUUACUCAGCCCGGACACUAGUUCUCUGCCACUGGAUGCCACCCCCAUCUUGAGCUAUCUGUAUGACAAGAAGUAUUUGCCAAAUAUCGCGGUGGCCUCUGCUAGGUUGUUUGUUCCCAGUGGCAUCAAGGGGGCACCGACACCCAUUUGGAGAGCUGGCUUCAUCCUCCAAAAUACUUCCAAACUUCUGGGAAGCCAGCUGGAGAGGAGCAGCAUCCCAGCACUGGCUUGUUUCUAUCUCAAGCAAGCAUUGCAUUUCUCCUGCGAGGUCAGAGCUGUGCCCAUCCAGAGGACGCUGUGUGCCAUCUUGUCCAGGAUGUACCUGCAGCAUGGCGUGUUGGACAGGGCGGUUUGUUACGCAGCCACAGCUGUAACCCUCAGCAGACUGAUGGGUGAGGAGGAGGCUUUUGAGUCUUCCCUCGCUUUGGGGUGGAUGCAUCUCCUGAACAGCCAGCCGGGCCCAGCUGCAGACAUCAUGUGGCAGCUCUUGCGCUCUCUGCAUGGGACGGACAGCGUGACCCAGGGUGGAGCUGUGCACAAUCUCCUGGCCAUCGCCCUCAAAGGAGAAGGGCAGGUGCAAAAGGCUGCAGAGAACUACCUCCGGGCCCUGCACAAAGCCAAGGAGACCGGGAACAAGAGGAACCAGGCUAUUGCCCUGGCUAACCUGGGGCAGCUGAUCCUCUCGCACGGGGCGAGCCAGCUGUCUGAGCUCUACCUGCUCCAGUCGGUUCAGCUCUACGCUGAGCUCCAGGAGAGCGAAGACCUGGAGAUGGAGUUGGUGCGGGUGCUGCUGUGGCUAGCGCAGGCCAUGGUGAACAAGCAGAGGGUGGAAGAUGGCACACUCUGUUAUGAACUGGCGUUGGUUCUUGCCCUGAAAUGGCAUAACGUGAGGAGUCAGCUUCACGUCACUGAGUCUCUCUGCCAUUUCUACAGCAAAGUGUCCCCCAAUCUCCAGGCCUGCAUUACCUACCAUGAGCACUGGGUGUCUUUGGCACAACAGCUCCAGGACAGAGGGAUGGAGGGCAAUGUCCGUCAGACCCUCAGCCGGCUCUACCAGGCCUUGGGCACAGCUGAGUCUUUGAGACAGUCCCUGGACUGCACCAAACAGAGUCUAAGGAUCUUCAUUGACCUUGAGGAGACUGUGAAAGCAGCAGAGGCCUGGCUGCAGGCAGGAAGGCUCUACUAUCUCAUGCAGGAAGACGAGCUGGUGGAAAUGUACUUUCAGGCAGCCAUUCAGACUGCUCUGAAGUCCGAGAACUUUUCCUUGGCAAUGGAUCUUUAUGAAAAAGCAGGUGAUACCUUUUUUAAUGGCAGCCGAAACAGAGAUCGAGCGGUGGAGUUUUAUAGGGGAGGUGCUGUGCCCUUGGCCAGGAAACUGAAGGCCAUUAAGACAGAGCUACGGCUGUUCAAUAAGCUGGCAGAGCUGCAGAUUGGGCUGCAGGGCUACGAGAAGGCGCUGGAGUUUGCCACGCUGGCAGCCAGGCUGAGCAUCAGGGUUGGAGACCAAUUACAAGAGCUGGUUGCAUUCCACCGCCUGGCUACAGUCUACUAUUUUCUGCAUAUGUAUGAGAUGGCAGAAGAUUGCUACCUGAAGACUCUUGCCUUGCGUCCCCCCUUGCUGCAGUGCUCUGGAGAGGCCCUGUAUUACUCCAAGGUGUAUUGCCACCUUGGCAACCUGACCCUGCACAAACUGAAGGAUGAACAGGAUGCAGCAGCCUACUUCCUCCUGGCCCUCGCCGCAGCGACGGAGCUGGGAGACCAGGAGUUGCAAGGCCUCAUUCACGCCAAGCUGGGUGACAUCCCUGGUGCCCCGUGGGGGCCCGAGGGCACGCCGGGCUGUGCCACAUACCGGCCCAGGUGGCUGAGCGAAGGUGGCCACAUUGUCUGA